AUGGCUUCUAGUAGAUUCGGUCCCUCGUCGCUGCACCAGCGCGAUCCGCGCAGCGCCCUGUUCGAGGGGUACAACGGUGGCGCCGACAGUAACCGUCGUCCCAGUCCGAGUCCGAACCGUGCCGCCGCCGGCUAUGGAUACCCCGGCGGACCUGCAUCGAGCCACCUGGGCGUCCAGGGCUCGUCGUACCGUCCCGCAACACCAAACAAGAGGGGACAGUACAGCGAUGCGGUACUCAAUGAGCUUGAGAGCCAGAACGAUUCCCAGGUUGAAGGGAUCAUGGGGAAAGUCAGGAUAUUGAAGGAUAUGACGGUGGCCAUUGGCGAUGAGAUCAGAGAAUCAUCAGCUCUUGCUGAAAAGAUGAACGACAGCUUCGACACGACCCGACUACGACUGCGCGGUACUAUGAACAGGAUGAUGGUGAUGGCCGAAAGGACCGGAGUGGGCUGGAAGGUGUGGCUAGGCUUCUUUGCUGUCGUUGCUAUGUUGUUCAUAUACGUUUGGCUGUUCUGA